CGAGCCUUCGCGGGCUUUGCCGCCGCCGCCGCUGGUGGGGGAGACGCGGGGUUGGGGGGGGAGGAGGGCGCGCGUGGUGCCGGCGGGGAGCGGCGGCGCCCCCUCCUCCUCCUCCUCCUCCUCCGGCACCGCGGGCUCCUCGGACAUGGCCGCGGCGGUGGCGGUGGCGGCCGCGUCCCGGCGGCAGUCGUGCUACCUGUGUGACCUGCCCCGGAUGCCCUGGGCCAUGAUCUGGGACUUCACCGAGCCCGUGUGCCGCGGCUGCGUCAACUACGAGGGUGCCGACCGCGUCGAGUUCGUCAUCGAGACGGCGCGGCAGCUCAAGCGGGCACACGGCUGCUUCCCGGAGGGCCGCUCCCCGCCCGGCGCCGUAGCCACGGCCGCCGCCAAGCCGCCGCCGCUCUCGGCCAAGGACAUCCUCCUGCAGCAUCCUCAGCCGCUUGGCCACGGCGGCCCCGAGGCAUCCCCGCGCGCCCCUCAGGCACUGGAGCGCUAUCCCCUGGCGGCCGCCGCCGAGCGGCCCCCGCGCCUCGGCUCCGACUUUAGCGGUAGCCGCCCGGCCGCUGGCCUGGCCCAGCCGCCGCCGCCGCAGCCGCCGCCAGUGAACGGCAUCCUGGUGCCCAACGGCUUCUCCAAGCUGGAGGACCCGCCCGAGCUGAAUCGCCAGAGCCCGAACCCGCGGCGCGGCCACGUUGUGCCACCUACCCUGGUGCCGCUCAUGAAUGGCUCGGCCGCGCCACUGCCCGCCGCGCUCGGCCUCAGCGGCCGCGCCGCCGCCUCCCUAGCUGCGGUGUCCGGGGCAGCGGCCGCCGGCCUGGGCUCGGCGCAGCCGGGAGAACUGGGCGCCCACAAGCGGCCGGCGUCCGUGUCGAGCAGCGCGGCCGUGGAGCACGAACAGCGCGAGGCAGCGGCCAAGGAGAAGCAGCCGCCGCCGCCCUCGCAUCGCGGCCCGGCCGACAGCCUGUCCACGGCUGCCGGGGCCGCCGAGCUGGGCACAGAGGGCGCGGGCAAAAGCCGCGGGCCCGGAGAGCAGGACUGGGUCAACAGGCCUAAGACAGUGCGAGACACGCUGCUGGCGCUGCACCAGCACGGCCACUCGGGGCCCUUCGAGAGCAAGUUUAAGAAGGAGCCGACCCUGACUGCAGGCAGGUUGUUGGGUUUCGAGGCCAACGGGGCCAACGGGUCUAAAGCAGUUGCAAGAACAGCAAGGAAGAGGAAGCCUUCUCCAGAACCAGAAGGUGAAGUUGGGCCCCCUAAGAUCAAUGGGGAGGCACAGCCUUGGCUGUCUACAUCCACAGAAGGGCUCAAGAUGCCCAUUACUUCUACAUCGUCUUUUGUGUCGCCACCACCACCCACUGCCUCACCUCAUUCCAACCGGACCACACCGCCUGAAGCGGCCCAGAAUGGCCAGUCCCCUAUGGCAGCCCUCAUCUUAGUAGCAGACAAUGCAGGGGGCAGUCAUGCCUCAAAAGAUGCCAACCAGGUUCACUCCACUACCAGGAGGAAUAGCAACAGUCCACCCUCUCCGUCCUCUAUGAACCAAAGAAGGCUAGGCCCCAGAGAGGUGGGGGGCCAGGGUGCAGGCAGCACUGGAGGACUGGAGCCUGUGCACCCUGCCAGCCUCCCGGACUCCUCCCUGGCAGCCAGUGCACCCCUGUGCUGUACCCUCUGCCACGAGCGGCUGGAGGACACUCACUUUGUGCAGUGCCCGUCUGUCCCUUCGCACAAGUUCUGCUUCCCUUGCUCCAGACAAAGCAUCAAACAGCAGGGAGCUAGUGGAGAGGUCUAUUGUCCCAGUGGGGAAAAAUGUCCUCUUGUGGGCUCCAAUGUCCCCUGGGCCUUUAUGCAAGGGGAAAUUGCAACCAUCCUUGCUGGAGAUGUGAAAGUGAAAAAAGAGAGAGACUCGUGAUUUUCUGGUUUCAGAAAAACCUAAUGAUUACCCUUAACUAAAACUGCUUGAAUUGUAUCUCUCUCUCUCUCUCUCUCUCUAUAUAUAUAUAUAUCCAAGACAAGGGAAAUGUAGACUUCAUAACAUGGCUGUAUAAUUUUGAUUUUUUUUAAUACAUUGUGUUUCUACAUUUUUUUUUGACAACAAAAGGUAUGUACUUAUAAAGGCAUUUUCUUCUUUCAUAACAUUAGCUUAUAUUUGUGCUUUAUUAUUCUGGUGACAGUUACCGUUCAAUGUAGGCUAUGACUUGCGCUGCUUUUUUUAGAGCACUUGGCAAAUCUGAAAUGCUUCUAACUGUAUUUGUAUGCACUUAUUUUAAAAGGAAAAAAAAUGCCAAAUACAUUUUCUGACAUUGUAAGAUUGCCUUACUGUCUGUUCUUCCUUAUUUGCUGGCCCCUUUCUCAGGCUGGAGGCCAAUUGGUGGAGAAGGAAAGGAGAUAAGUGAAAGGGACACUGUUGUGAAGUGGGCAUACCACUGGGAAAUAUCACCAAGUAUUCCCCAUAAUGUUGUCCUCCUAGACUAAUAGGAAAAGAGAUUCGAAUCUUUCUCUAUUUUGUUCUGAAAGUUUUAAAAGUUGGAAUAUUGGUGACUGCCUGAGAGUUGCUGCUGAGAAAUUUUCAGGGCCAUGUGGUUUUGGUGGGGGAAGCGGGGGGGAGGUUUAAGACAAAGUUGACCACCACUCGCUGCCCACAUGAUCAGUUGUGAGAUUACAAUGCUGCAUGCUAGUUGGUUACAUAAUACACAGUCCAGUGACUGAGGGCGGUGAUAAUGGAUGGUGGUGUGUACAGGGUGGCACUGCCAUCUUUGAACAGAGCCUGGCUCUGCAGCGCCACUUCAUCUUUUCAGACACUCUAGAGCUCUGUCUGUCUGUUCCUUUGAGAGAGUUGCAAGAGAACUUACGGUCCAGGUGAACUUGGAGAUUGUGGGAUUGGUUUUGUUCUGUUUUGUGUUUCGUUUUGUUUUUCAUCAUUUACCUGUAGUGCUUUUGCUGUUGAUACUAUCACCCACACCGUUUCUAGUGAGUGCUAAAUACAGUAUGGUACAGUGACAGGAACCACGCUUGGUGCUGCCAGGACUGCCCGUGGGCAUAUCGGUGACAGCCCAGAUGGAGGUGAAGGAACCCUGUAAUUUCCUUCUUAACGUGUGUUUGAUACCAAGUGAAUAAUAAUACUGUUCUUUUGAAAAAAAAAGUGAUAAACUAGUGAAAAUUAAAGAAAGGGUUUUACAUAAUAGGCCCCACCUCAAACUAUUUUUAGAAGCUUUUGUAAACUAAUUUCUUUUGAUCACUCUUUUGCAUCAGUAAAAUGAUUUUUUUAAACCAAUAAAUCAUCAUAUACUAGAAAUAGUUGUCUCACAGUGAUACUGGUUUUUCUUUUGUGCUGUUAUGAUUUAACAUUGGCAGGAGCACUAUUUGGAAUUCUCUUUUCGGGUGUUUGUAACUUGGCCCUAUAAUUAGGCUGAAUCAUGGCUUCAAGAUAUACUACAAGUUAACUUGUAUUAUUCACACCUAGCCUCUGUUUUCAUUUGAAAGUAUAGAUUGUUACCCACUUUGGAUUCUUUUUUAGUUAUGUUUUUGUCUUUCUUAAAUUGCUCAAAUAUUUUUUAGUGAUCGAGUUAUUAACACUUGAAAAUCAGAUACUGCACCAAAUACAGUAUUUUUUGGUAGUGUUUUUAAUGAGUUCACCUAUUCUUAAUGUGCAAAUUCAUGUAACUGGUCAUUGUUAUAUUACAGACUUGCAUGAUUAACCAGUUUGUUGUUAUACUUUUUUUUUAAUUGGACUAUCUGUGACUCAGAUCAGACUGGUUUCUCUUAUGGAAAUGCACACGUGCAGAAACACAGAAUCAGUUUUACAUGCGCAUAAAGACAUUUGUAAAGAAUUCAACUAUUAUGGUUUGUUGUAUAAAUGUGUAUUUAGGCACUUUAUUAUAAACUGGAAUUUGACCUCAUUGACGUUACAAGUUGAUCAGUCAUUUGACCUAAUAUGUGGCAGCCAUCUGUAUAUUUUGCAAUCAAUACAGAUAAGCUUUCCAAAAUGAUUAAUGAAGAAACAUCCUGCUGUUUUUGAAUGUCUGUUCAGCUGUGGAAAAGACAAGCUAUGGGUUCCUCUGUACUGGUGUUAAGGGGUUAAAGCGCUGUGUGCUGAGGUUACUUUUAUUAAAAACUAGGUCUGCACAGGUGUGACUGGCCCUUGGGGGGCCUUUGUGGAAGGCUUGCAGCUGUAAAGUGUUGAUCUGUGUUACUUUUUUGACAUUCUCAUAAGCUUAAAAGUUAAUAACAUUGGGACAUGGUUUUGAUCUUGUGCUGUACCUGAUGACAGUGCAGAGAUUCUCCACAGCUGGAUAAAAUGUCAGAAAGCUACUUACUGUACUGGGCAGUAUCAGAUUUCAAAUCCUAGUAUUUCAGCUGUGCUUUUAAUACUCAAAAUAUUAGGGGUUGGGGUAUUGAAGCUUUCCCCUUUUUGCUUUAACAAUUUAUAGAAUUUAACAGAUGUACUUCUUUCAUGUGGCCUCACAUUAAAAGUUAUGAGAACAUACACAUGGUUUACAACUUUUACUAUAUACCUUUCCUUGGCCACCAAGUAUUUUAAAAGUGUGCCACCUUUUAACCUUUACUUUUUUUCAAGUUAAAGGUGAUAACUUUUUCUAUAUAUGAUGAAACUCAUGUCAACUGAAGUGAGUGUAAGCUCGGAUAUCAACAUUAUUAUAUUUUAAAAUCACGCUAUGGAACUAUCACCUGCUUACUGUCAUUUGUCAGAUUUACAGUACUUUUUUUUUUCUUUAACUUUUAGCAUUAAAUAAAAAUAAAAUUGGGAUCACUGAA